ACCCUGUGGCUUCCGACGCCCUGACAACUCAAACCAUCCGCCGCCACCACACACCGUCGUCGUCGUCGCCGCCGCCACUCCCGCCGUUCUUCCUCGCCGACCUCCACGGAGCCGCUCCAAAGCCUUGGCCGCCAGCCUCCGCCUCCACGGAACCGGAAAAGAUUUCUCGUGUCUCCGCUUCAGAGCUGAGCUCACUGCAUUUCUGCAGUGUCUCUGCACUUCAGAGGUUCAGAUCAGACCCUACCUGUAUGCAGUGACCGGAUAGUUUUGAUAAUGGGAGCCCGCAGCCAACUUUGGUCGAUCGCCAAGAUGUCGGUGACCGGGGGUGUAAUCGGCAUCACCAUUUCCGACCGCUACGUCACCGUGGUCGCCAUAAAGGGCCAUUCGAUGCAUCCCACCAUGACGGCCACCGACAGCGCCUUGCGAGGUGACAUCGUGUUGGCGGAGAAGGCCUGCCUCGACCAGUACAAAUUCUCUCGCGGCGAUGUGAUUUUGUUCAAAUGCCCUAGUAAUCACAAGGAAGUGUUCGUCAAGAGACUGAUUGGCUUACCUGGUGAGUGGAUACAGCUCCCUGCGUCUUCUGAGAUAAUUAAGGUCCCACAGGGGCAUUGUUGGGUUGAAGGGGAUAAUGCUGCUAGAAGCUGGGAUUCGAGGUCAUUUGGUCCAAUCCCUUUAGGCCUAAUAAAUGGGAGGGUCACCCACAUCAUCUGGCCGCCGUCAAAGAUCGGCAGAGUGGAGAGAAAAUGGCCCGAAGAUAGAAUUCCGCCGUUUUGAUUCAACUCCUCGCUGCACGUGAUGAUGAGUUUAGCCUGUUUUAUGGCUACCAGAAGUUUAGCUACCCGUUGUUCAAGUUUUGGUGAGAUUUGUUCCGAAAUUUCCUUUUGCCCACCAUUGUUGUUGCUGUUGCUUACCCGUGUAAACAAUUUUGUCUUCGAAUUGGUCGAAUGUAAAACCUCAAUCGAGACCCUUCACGUUCGAUCAUUUGUUUUGUAAACAAAUACAGCUUGGCAAUGGACCUUUGCAACUUGUUGUA